AUGGCUAUCAGGCCAUCGAUGGCGAAGCUUCUAGCCUUGCCACCCACCCUGAGAAGGGCCGUCUUCUCAGCGGCAACGUCGUCGGUCACGAACCCCGAGAUAUACGAUCUUGUUUGCGUAGGAGGAGGUCCGGCUGGACUGUCUCUGGUAUCAGCCCUGCGAUCGAAUCCAUCGACGAAGAACCUCAAAAUUGCCCUGAUCGAUGGGCAAGAUAUCACGACUACCCGCGAGCCUAACGAUCCGAACGCUUUCUCGAAUCGAUGUUCCUCCUUGACGCCCUCGUCGGUACGCUUUUUGAAGGAGAAUGGAGCGUGGGAUCAUGUCAAUGUCUCGAGAAUACAGCCGUAUCAUGGCAUGGAUGUGUGGGAUGGAGUGAGUGGGAGCAAGAUACAGUUUGAUCCCGCAGAUCGGAUUGGUGGGAGCAUUCUGGACACCAUUGCACAGGCAAUACCGGGAAGUCGACUGAGUGAGAGCAGAAAGAAGUAUGAGCUAGGGAGGGAUACGCAUGUGGCGACAAUGUGUGAGAAUGCGAACUUGACAUCCGCUCUCGUGCAUCGAUUGCGGGAGACGGCACUUGAGUUUGAGAUUCUGGAUAAGACGCGGGUGGAAUCUAUCCAGCUGGGGCCUGAACCACAGGAUGAGACGUCGCUGGAUCUAUCGCAAUGGCCGAUUGUUACUCUGCCGGGAGACAGGAACAUUGCAGCACGCCUGCUUGUGGGUGCAGAUGGCGCGAAUAGCCCCGUACGCCAAUUCGCGGGUAUCUCUAGCCACGGCUGGGAUUAUGGCCAACACGGUGUUGUUGCCACCCUGCAGCUCAACCAGACGUUCGGCGAAGACGAGCUGCGUACAGCGUACCAACGCUUCUUGCCGACUGGCCCAAUCGCUCUUCUGCCCUUACCUGGAAAUAAAGCCAGCCUGGUCUGGUCUACAUCAGCAGCACUCGCCUCGAAGCUGAAGCAACUUUCACCUGCAGACCUCGUCACCAUGGUCAACGCUGCGUUCCGUCUCAUGGCCGUCGAUCUCAAUUACAUGCUUACCGACGCAUCUUGCAAUGUCGAAGAAGAACUCAAGUGGCGAGAGCCAAACACAAAGGCUACGGAAACUGGUCUGCCAUCUUACUUCCCGCGUAUCACCGGUGUCCAAGAAGGCACCGUCGCAUCAUUCCCACUCCGCAUGCGCCACGCCUCGACAUACACAGGCCACCGCGUCGCCCUAAUCGGAGACGCCGCACACACCGUCCACCCACUCGCCGGCCAAGGUCUCAAUCUAGGUCUUGCCGACGCCGAGUCUCUCGCCAAGAUCAUCGGCAGAGGUGUAGAACAUGGCAUGGACAUCGGCAGCUGCUGGUGUCUGGAUGACUAUAAUGCUGAGCGCUGGGCGGCGAAUAAUGCUAUGCUUGGGGUGGUGGACAAGUUGCAGAAGUUGUAUUCGGCUAGUUCUGGACCGGUGGUGUGGGGGAGGAGUCUUGGGUUGGAUAUUGUUAAUAGGCUGGGUCCGCUGAAGGGUGCGUUGAUGGGUGCUGCUUCUGCGAGCUAA